GUCCUUCCCCCGUCCUCUUCCCCCUCACUCUGGUAGUGCUGGCAGCAUCCAUCCACAGAACACACACUGUGCUGUCUGUGUUCCAGAGAGAAUAUAUCUGCUCUACACAGGGAGGAGAGGAUUAACUCAACAUCAGCUCAUCUGCAUAUUCCCAGGGAACACAUAAGCACCCAAGGCUUCUUCUCUUCUCUAUCCAACUCCAGCCAUCACAGGACUUGACACUCUCGUCGUUGGAUCACCGUUCAUCCAACUCUCUCUGCUGUGAGAGGAUUUAACGGAGGACACAUCUUUCUACUUUUUGGAUUUUGCCAUUUUUGUGUUUCUUCGCUAAGUUUAGGCUUGUCAAAUUGGAGCAAUGCAAUUCACAUGACAUAGUUUAGACUAGUUCUAAGCAUCCCGUUUUUCUUUUUUCUUCUCCAGAGGACCUCUGACUUUUUUGACUGCUCUAUAGGGCUUGCUGCUUGUUCAUCUGAUUUGGUCAACCUGAGUGUCAGAAUGCCAUCCAGGGAGUCUUACGAGGUCCGGAAGGGAGAGAAGUCUUUGGUGCACAAGGCAAAGCAGGAGGCCAACCAGCAGGACAUACUGGCUGCUGCUCUGGGGAUGAGGAUCUCAGGACCCCAGAAACCUCCAGCCACUAUUUGGCAGCCUCUCAAACUGUUUGCCUAUUCACAGCUCACCUCGCUGGUCCGCAAAGCCGCACUGAAGGAUAACAGCCUGCCGCCCAAGUACGAGAAAGUCCACAACUUCAAGGUCCACACGUUCCGGGGACCUCACUGGUGUGAAUACUGUGCCAACUUCAUGUGGGGGCUGACGGCUCAGGGAGUCAAAUGUGCAGAUUGUGGCCUGAAUGUCCACAAGCAGUGCUCCACUAUGGUACCCUGCAACUGCGUGCCAGACCUGAAACACAUCAAGAAAGUAUACAGCUGUGAGCUCACAACUCUGGUGAAAGCUCAUAACACCAAGCGACCCAUGGUGGUGGACAUGUGCAUACAGGAAAUCGAAUCAAGAGGGCUGAAGUCUGAAGGGCUCUACAGAAUAUCUGGAUUCAGCGAUUCAGUCGAAGAUGUCAAGUCGACAUUUGACAGAGAUGGUGAGAAGACAGACAUCUCUGCCAAUGCCUAUGAAGAUAUCAACAUCAUCACGGGAGCACUUAAACUGUACCUCAGGGAUUUACCCAUUCCUGUCAUCUCAUACGACGCCUACCCCAGGUUCAUCGAGACUGCAAAGCUGGAAGACCCAGAGAAGCGGCUAAAGGCCUUCCGUGAGGCUCUGGAACUGUUGCCUGCAGCACACAGUGAAACCCUGAGGUACCUCAUGGCCCAUUUAAAGAGGGUAACGUUGAAUGAGAAAGACAAUCUGAUGAAUGCAGAGAACCUGGGCAUUAUUUUUGGGCCCACUCUCCUGCGUGCCCCCAACCUGGACGCCAUGACGGCACUCAACGACAUCCGCUACCAACCGCAGGUGGUGGAGUUCCUCAUCAAAAAUGAAGACAUCCUCUUCUGAAAACAGACACAUCCAUUCUGCUAAGAUAAGGAAGACAUCCUCUUCUGAAAACAGACACAUCCAUCCUGCUAAGAUAAGGAAGACAUCCUCUUCUGAAAACAGACACAUCCAUCCUGCUAAGAUAAGGAAGACAUCCUCUUCUGAAAACACACAUCCAUUCUGCUAAGAUAAGGAAGACAUCCUCCUCUGAAAACACGCAUCCAUCCUGCUAAGAUAAGGAAGACAUCCUCUUCUGAAAACACACAUCCAUUCUGCUAAGAUAAGGAAGACAUCCUCUUCUGAAAACAGACACAUCCAUUCUGCUAAGAUAAGGAAGACAUCCUUUUCUGAAAACAGACACAUCCAUCCUGCUAAGAUAAGGAAGACAUCCUCUUCUGAAAACAGACACAUCCAUUCUGCUAAGAUAAGGAAGACAUCCUCUUCUGAAAACAGACACAUCCAUCCUGCUAAGAUAAGGAAGGAAAGAGACAGAUUUUUUGUAAAACAGCUUGAUGCUGUCUAAACACUUUUUGUGCAAAGACUUGAAGGAACUUUUCUAUUGCAUUUGUAUUACAUAUGAAUCUUUGUAAUUACAUUUGUGAUACAUCCGUUUCCACUCCCAGUUAAGCAAUGCUGAACCUUACUUUUUCCUCCCCUGUAAUGGGUGUGGAUGUACCUUAAACUUGCAUGUCUGUCUCCCCAUUUUUGUCGGGGUUUGUGUAGAACACUGAUGGACCAGACUUGGCCAUGUCUUUAUUUUGUGUAGCUUUGUAGCGGUAACCUAGCAUGCGAUAAAUAUUGUGAAACAUUAACCAGGUUUCCAUCCAACCUUUUAAUGCGUGUAACGUACAUGUCGGAUAAAACAUUUAAUGACAGGCCUGAUGGAAACAGAUCAUUCGUCGGUAAACUUUCCAAUUGUCAACAAAACAAAAUAUGCUAGACAAGGUGGGACCUUUUCGUGUCGGUAAAAUGAAUUAUGUGAGAAAUGUUGGUGGAAACAAUUUUAUGCGCAAAUAUUGAUAUAAUAACCAUCAUAUCGAAGUCAACUUGGAGUGGUUGUGUGGUCCUCCCACUAAAGUUGUGUGGUCCUCCCACUAUGACUCGUAGGGAAAGCAUACAGGUAUUUUUAUGUGCAAUACAUCAUCACACACAGCCUUUUAUCCACAACAAGUCAAUUUGAUGGAAAAACAUCUCUGGUGGGAAAAUGCGCAUAGUGUUUUUAUGCGUAUUUUUGCAUAUUCGCAUGAAAAUCUGUCACCAAUUGGAUGGAAACCUAGCUAUAGUUACUCUGCUAUUAUUUGUCAUGUAGAUUUACAGUAUCUCCUGCCCGGUUGCCCAAUGGGCAAUUGUUUUUGUGAAGCAUUGUAUACCUGGAUGUGAAAUAGACUACAGUAUCUUCUCUGAACCUUUGUAAUGAUCUUUGACUGAUUCUGUCUUUUUUGCCUUUUCAGCUGUUUUAGAAGUAUUUUUUAGGGGAAAUGCAAAGCCUCUUUCAAUCAGAAAACAAUCAGUGUACCUUUAAAUGUUCUGUUACAUUUGCCUGACAGUCAAAACUGUGUUGCAUUCAAACUGUUACAUUUGUGCAUUUAAUGUUUGUUAUUUUUUAAAUAUUUUUGUACUUAAUUUGCGCAUGUAAACGAUAAUUUAUUAAACCUUGCUUGCUGAAAAUGAA